UCCGUCUGGCGCGGGGACUCUUAUUUUGACAGCCCGUCUGCGGACGUCGCGGCCCGUGAGCGCAGAGCAGCUUCGCGUCGCGAUUCUCCGCUAAUAAACUGCGCUUCGGUGUUAAAGCGGUGAUGCGGUGUGUGUGCGCGGUCUAAACACAUCCUCAGAGAGGCGUGUGUUGCCAUGGCGUCGGCUCCGGAGGCCGUGCACUACAUCCACCUGCAGAACUCGAGUCAGUCGGUGCUGGAGGCGCUGCGGUCCCAGCGCAGGAAAGGGCUGUUCUGCGACGUGACGGUGCGGAUCCACGACGCGUCUCUACGCGCUCACGCCUGCGUGCUGGCGGCCGGAAGCCCCUUCUUCCAGGACAAGCUGCUGCUGGGGCACUCGGAGAUCUCGGUGCCGCCGCUGGUGCCUGCGGAGACAGUGCGGCAGCUGGUGGACUUCAUGUACUCCGGGUCGCUGGUGGUGCUGCACUCGCAGGCGCUCUGCAUCCUGACCGCCGCCUCCAUCCUGCAGAUCAAGACCGUCAUCGACGAGUGCACGCAGAUCAUCUCGCAGCGCCGCGCCGCCGUGGAGGCCGCCGCUGCCGCAGGGGGAGGGGCCGGGGGCGGGCCCCUGGGGGCUGCUCUGCCCAAACAGGAGGAAGCCGAUGGCGGGAAAGCCCGAGAGAACGCCGCGCUGCAGGGAUACGCCUACAACAUGGCCGCCGACUGCGGAUCCGACAUGGCGGCCGCUCUCGGCGGGGCUCAGGGUGAUGGUGGCGGUCUGGAAGGUGGAGUUGGCCCUCUGAUGCCGCUCGCUGAGCUAGGGGGCGGGGCCAUGUGUAGAGGCGAGGGGCUGGGCGUAGCGGGGGGCGGGGCCAUGCUGAAGGCCAGCAGCUGCUCGCAGGAGAUCUACAUGCUGAGUGCGGAGCGCGCCGGACAGAACAUCGCCGCUAACGAACGCGGAGCCGUGGAGUAUGGCGGUGUGGGGGCGGAGCUGGGGGCGGAACUCGGAGGCGGAGUUGAGCGCUUCAGCGAAGAGGAGGACAGAGACCUGCAGGAGGCGGAGCGAGAGGCGGAGCGAGACCGGCAGACCGCACACACACGCAAACAGAGACAGCCGCUGCGCCUGCAGGUGCUGGGCGGAGCUGAGGUGGUGGUAAAGAACGAAGGUGUGCAGGAAGGGGAGGGGCUAUUCGAGAUGGACGAGCGAGGAAACACCUCACACCACGGCUACACACAGGCUGGGUUCUACGAGGACUCUUCCGUCUUUUCGGGGGGGUUCUGGUCUCAGUCGGACCCUCAGUCUCUGGGCUCAAACCCUCGAGCUCGAGUCAGCAAACCUCCCUCUCCACCCGCAGCGCAGAUGCUAUUCCAGUUUCCCGCCAGCGAAUCACAAUCCUCCUCCUUCUUUGUGGGUGGACCCAUGGUGAUCGACAACUUAGCUGAUUCCUGCCAGCAGGCCCCACCCCCUGCACCCCUGACCCCAGCUCCACCCCCCUCCACCCCAGCAUGCAUUGCGGGUCCGAGCUUCACACCGACGGGCUCCGAGACGUCCUUCGACUGCAGCCACUGCGGGAAAUCACUGCGCUCGCGCAAGAACUACAGCAAACACAUGUUCAUCCACUCCGGCCAGAAGCCUCAUCAGUGCAGCAUUUGCUGGCGCUCCUUCUCUCUGCGGGAUUACCUGCUAAAGCACAUGGUGGUGCACACGGGCGUGCGGGCGUUCCAGUGCUCCGUCUGCAGCAAGCGAUUCACACAGAAGAGCUCGCUCAACGUGCACAUGCGCACACAUCGCGUGGAGCGCACCUUCACCUGCGCCGUCUGCCACCGCGCCUUCACACACCGCACGCUGCUGGAGAGACAUGCCCUGCAGCACCAGCAUGCCCCGCCCAUCAAACCAGCUGCCACUCACAUGGAGCAGGGCGGGUCCAGUGGACCGGGCUCCGCCUCCUAGAGGAACGAGCAGAUUCAACAAUCAGACCCGGGAGCUUUAACACACACACACAAACAUACACAUAAACACACACACACAUACACAUACACACAGAGAUGCACUUGUACAAACACAGAGACAUGUACACGCACACACAAACACAGAAAGACAGACACACAUACACACUUACAUAAACACACAGACGCACACACAUAAACAUGCACACAAAUACAGACAAUCAAACGCACACACACAACGACACACACACUCACCUAACGCACACACAUACACACUCGGCCUCUUCAACCCAGAAAACCUCAUAAACACACAAACCUCAUGGAGUGACCCACACUACCCCACACACACCGGCCUGCGUGCGCGUGCCGGCGGGACCUUCUCAGUGUUGUCAGUGUUUGAUCUGUGUUGUGGACGUUUCUCGGACUCAUCAGAACCACGAUGACCUCAGGACCAGACGAGCAGGAUUGAUUACCUCCAUUUUGAUUUCAGCAUCAGCCUCCAUUUCUACAUUUUUUAUCGGCGAUAUGCUUAAUCUGAUGAUAUUUUUAUGGGGAAGCGCUCUGUGCGGGUGUAUGUUGGGCUUCGCUGCUGCGCGCGGCCUCAGAUGUAUUCUGCUCGCUUUGGUUUGCGUAUCUAGCAUGUGCUCGCUUUCGCUGCAUGACGCUGCAUUAAAUGCAUUGUGACGUUUG